AUGGGAAUUUCUGAGUCAACAUCCGCCAAAAGUAGCGAUCAUGGCUUGUCAACAAAUUCAGGAAUCUCACAAAUCAAAUCAAUCAGCGAGCGCAAGUUGAUGGCGAAAAUUGACCUUCAUCUUUUGCCUUGCUUGUGUAUAUUGUACUUGCUCGCAUUUUUAGACCGAGUAAAUGUUAGCAAUGCUGCCAUUCUUGGCCUCAAAGAGGACUUGAACCUCGAGCAAGGCACCAAAUUUAAUACUGCAUUGACUAUUUUCUUUGUGCCGUAUAUUAUUUGUGAGAUCCCGUCUAACAUCCUGCUCAAGAAGCUAAAACCACAUGUUUGGUUGUCCGGCUGUAUGUUCAUGUUUGGUGUCGUGAUGAUCUGCCAGGGUUUCGUCACCAAUUGGGGCGGACUGAUGACCACACGAUUUUUCCUCGGUGUGUUUGAGGCGGGCAUGUUCCCCGGGUGCUUCUAUCUGAUGGGUAUGUGGUAUAGGCGCAGCGAGGCCCAGAAGCGGUUUAGUUUCUUCUUCAGUUCUACCAGUCUGGCCGGCGGCUUUGGUGGUCUAUUGGCGUACGGCCUCUCGCAAAUGGGCGGGAUUCGAGGAUACAGUGGAUGGCGCUGGGUAUUUAUUAUCGAAGGCAUUAUCACUGCUGUAGUGGCACUUGUCCUGUUUUUCCUCAUCCCGGACUUCCCAGAAGACGCCAAGUGGUUGAACGAAGUGGAACGUGCGUUCAUUCGCGAGAAGCUGGCAAGUGACGUGGGAAAGUCUGCCCAUCAGGUCCAGAUGGGAUGGUCUGAGAUUGCAACUGUUCUCAAGGACUACAAGGUAAUCCUCGGCGGUAUUAUGUACUUCGGUCUAAUCGUCCCUGCCUACAGCUACGCUUUCUUCGCGCCAUCAAUCAUCAAAUCCUAUGGCUAUGAUUCCGUUACAACUCAAUUAUACUCUAUUCCUCCAUGGGUAGCAUCAUUCGGGUUCUCCAUGAUUAUUGCAUUCUGCUCCGAUCGUCUAAAGCACCGCUUUGCCUUCACAGUAAUUCCACUUAUGAUUGCCAUCGCGGGGUUUGCCAUGCUCUUCUCCAUCCACGGUACAGACCAUCGCACCGCCGAGUAUGGUGCACUCUUCCUAGUUACCUGUGGUGCUUACAGUGCCAUGCCUGUCAUUGUGUGUUGGUUUGCCAUGAACCUGGGGGGUCACCACCGUCGGAGCGUUGGCAUCGCCUGGCAGAUAGGGUUCGGCAACAUUGGUGGCAUUAUCGCGACCUACUGUUUCCUUGAAAAAGAUGCGCCUCUAUAUAAACCUGGCUAUAGCGUCUGCAUGGCCUUCUGCUGUUUGACUAUUGCAGCUUGCUGUGCCUACAUGGCAGCCAUGUGGUUCGACAAUCGCAAACGUGAUAAUUCACCCGUCGAUCCAAACGCUAUUCCUGACGAACAGGCGGAAUACUUGGGUGAUUUGGCCCCAACCUACCGCUACCAGUAUUGA